AUGUCCCACGCUCGAAUAGAAGAAGUCUCGGACUCCGACCCCGAAAUCGACGAUCCCUCCAGCUUCCUCCCCUCUUCCUCCCAGCAUGCCCUACAGCCCAUGGAGAUGGACACACCCGCGCCAUCACAGCGGCAGCAGCAAUCAAACCCCAAUCCGACCCUCCUCUCCCAACCCCCACCAAUGAGCUACCACAACGACCCCCAAACCGGGCCCCAAACCCGCGCCGCCGUAAAAUCUCACUGCACGCUCUACCCGCUCUACUUCGACAGCACUCGCACCCGCUCCGGCGGCCGACGCGUAACGCGCUCCCUCGCCAUCCCCAACCCCCUAGCCUACAACCUCCUGCUCGCACUGCGCCACAUCCUCUCCACCACCCCACCCCACACGCCCCUACAACUGACGCUGGAGCCCGACAAGACACACCCCAAGGACUGGGCGAACCCCGGCCGCGUGCGCGUGCGCCUCUUUAGCAGCGCCGAAGACGGCCACAAGCCGCUGCACCCGGCCAUCCCCAACAAGGCCCGCCUCUACACGCUCAUCGGCCAGUAUUUGAAAGACCACCCCACCAAGCGCGAGGAUCCGCUGGAGCUCAAGAUCCCGGGCUUGCCAGUGCCGGAGAACUUUUUGAGCGAGGAAGGAAAGAUUGUGGCGCCGCGGGGGUGGCGGAUGGGGUCGGUUCUACCGGUGCAUAGUGCGGCGGUGAGUGGUGGCGGCGUGAGUGAGAAUUUCUUCAAGGAGGCAAUGGAGGAGAUGAAGGCUAUGCAGGGUGCUGGUGGGGCGGGGGGUGGCGGAGGGAUGCCGGACAUGAGUGCGUUGCAGAGCAUGAUGGGGAAUAUGGGCGGCAUGGGUGGAUUAGGAGGUCUGAUGGGCGGAGGUGGUGCUGGUGGUGGUGGUGCUGGUGGUGGUGGUGCUAGUGGUGGUGGGUCCGGAGAUGGAGGGAAGAAGGCCAAGGGGAGGAAGAAGGGCUGA